GCACUUCACCCGGAAGAGGAGGGCCGUAGGAAACGACGGGGGAGAAAUUGUUGUGGACUGUCCGCAGAAUUAUUGAGAUUUUCCUUUGCUAUUUCGACCAUUCAGUGAGAUUCAAACCAACUACCGCCCGACGCACAUUUGCAAGAGGGUUCUGUCUCGUCGUGUUCACGUUAGAGAUGUCGGUGGUGCCUCCCAGUCGCUCGUCUACCGGUUGGCCGCGCGGUGGUGCCGUUCAGUUUGGGAACAAAUACAUAAGCGGGCCCGCUAAACCACUCACCCUGGAGAGGACCAUCAACCUAUACCCUCUUACCAACUACACAUUUGGCACUAAGGAGCCUCUGUAUGAGAAGGACAGUUCAGUGGCAGCUCGGUUCCAGCGGAUGCGAGAGGAGUUUGAUAAAAUGGGAAUGCGGAGGACAGUGGAGGGUGUCCUCAUUGUCCAUGAACACAGGUUGCCUCAUGUGUUACUUCUGCAGCUGGGUACCACUUUCUUUAAACUGCCUGGUGGAGAGCUGAGUCCAGGAGAGGAUGAGGUGGAGGGUCUGAAACGCCUGAUGACUGAGAUUCUCGGGCGGCAGGACGGGGUGAAGCAGGACUGGGUGAUUGACGACUGUAUUGGCAACUGGUGGCGCCCCAACUUUGAGCCUCCACAGUACCCUUAUAUUCCAGCUCACAUCACCAAGCCUAAGGAGCAUAAGAAGCUGUUCCUGGUCCAGCUGCAGGAAAAAGCUCUGUUUGCUGUCCCCAAGAACUAUAAACUGGUGGCAGCGCCGCUGUUUGAACUGUAUGACAACGCUCCUGGAUAUGGACCAAUCAUUUCCAGUCUACCGCAACUAUUGAGCAGGUUCAACUUCAUCUACAACUAAAGCGGAGUGAACCUGAGUCCACCUGGCUGUCUCUGUGAGUGCAGCCCUGUCUGAGCGAAGCCUCAAGAUGAGAAACAAUGUGGUAAAAAAGACUCAUCUCUGGCUCAGCUGACACAAAAGAAGAGCUUGUCAUGUCAGGUAUAUUGACAGUCCACAGGGGUGUUUAUACUGUUAGAAGAAAAUGAAAAUGUCAUGUGUCUUUUUUUUUUUUUUUUUUUUUAUCUUGAGAAACUGCUAGUUUUUGUAGUGUGGAGUCCCAGUGUGACCAGAAUCUGAUUUUAUGUCUUGUCAGGGGAGGCCAGUGUUUGAUUAAACAAAUUACAACAUUGCGUUUCCUCGUGUUUUAACCUGUAACCAUGCUGUGUUUUUUCUUUUUAAUAAAGCAGUCCUUUGAGUAUGUUUUUAUAAA